GUGUGCUCUCCACACUCUUCCAUAUCCAAUCUGAUUUUCUAAUUUACUUCUUUAUUUAUCACUUAUACCUUCUUUUUUUGUGCUUCCAUUUCCUUUGAUUCCAUGGCAUCUGCCAAUCAAAUCCAUGACCUACCCUCUGUUAAACCUUUAGAUAUUGAACAACAAACCCAAGAAGAAGUACAAGAAAUCAAAGUUUUCGAUUAUGCAAAGAGAGCACAGUGGCUUAGAGCUGCUGUGUUGGGUGCCAAUGAUGGGUUACUUUCCACAGCUUCACUCAUGAUGGGAGUUGGAGCUGUGAAAAAGGAUGUUAAGACGAUGAUCCUCACUGGGAUUGCUGGGUUAGUUGCUGGAGCUUGUAGCAUGGCUAUAGGAGAGCUUGUCUCGGUUUACUCACAAUAUGAUAUUGAAAUGGCUCAAAUGAAGAGAGAGGACAUGGGAGCCGAGGAGCUAGAUGCUGGGAAAGAGAAAUUACCAAAUCCAUGGCAAGCAGCUGGAGCAUCAGCACUUGCAUUUGCUGUGGGGGCUUUGGUACCAUUACUUGGGGCUGCCUUUGUAAAGGACUAUGCUGUGAGAGUAGGGGUAGUCAUAGCGGUUGUGAGCUUGGCUUUGAUAGCUUUUGGGAGCUUUGGUGCUUUGCUUGGAAAGGCACCUGUGGUGAAGUCCUCUUUAAGGGUGUUGAUUGGGGGCUGGUUGGCAAUGGGACUUACUUAUGGCUUAACCAAGCUUGUUGGUUCUGCUGGACUCUAAUCUUACUGAUCACCUUAAUAGCCAAUUAAUUUUCUGGCUUCUUUUUGCUUUCCAUCUUUUGCUUUUUCUUUUGACACUUUUUAUCUUUUUAGAUCUCUCAGAUCUUGUACUACCUGUUGUUGAUCUUGGAUUUAGUGGUCCAUAGGAAACAUUCAACAUAUUAAUCUUUGUGCAAUUAAUUUCAAUUAUAACUUCGAAUUG